AUGACGGCUUCCGACACCACUUUGCCUUUGAAACCCGGCUUGGUGAAGGCAAGCAACUCUUUCGAGGACGUUCUGUCCACUGAUGUUGGCUCGUCCGACCAUGAGGCCCCAGUAUCUAAGCCAGACAAGAAAGAGAGACCUCGUUCCGGUUCGAAAAGCACUGCAAAUGCCCAGAUCGCACCGGCACAGCCUCCUAAGUCUUCUAAAAAAGCGGCUCGAAAGCAGAGGACUUUACCGAAGGAAAUAAGCGUUUUGCGCACUGCCCUUCGUGCGAAAGGCAAUGAGGUGAUGCACGAGGUUGCGGCCCAGCAGUCCAACAACAAGGCGAAGGGAAAGAAGGCUCAAGCCAACAGGUCCAACGGACGGGCGCCGCCAGGCUUAGAGCACAGCCAGGCGGGCCCGCCGCCGGGCGCGGGGCCGUCCCCUUCUCAGUGGCUCCAAGCGGGCCAGGCCCUCCAGGCUACGAAGACCGUGCCGAUGCUCAACACUACAGAUGUCAUGGCAGUCGGAGAGCAGAUCCUUGCUCUGGGAACAACUUUGCAAAGAAUGCAGGCUGUUAUCGAAGGUCAAAACAUGGCGCUUGGGCAUGUCGCGCCUCCAAUUCCACUGCCAACGCGGGAGCCGUUUGUGAAGACCGAGAAGCAUGACGUUAGUGAGUCCAGGAGAGAUUGCGAAGAUGACGUGCGCGAGGACUUGCGAGCGGUGGCAUGGCUACGUCUCUGA